AUGCAAGAUGAGGAACAGCACGGACUCAUCUUCCAGGACCUGGGCUUUACAGUUUAUGAACACUGCUUCUGGAACUCCAAGGAGCUGUGCAUGGACCCCGACAUGUUCCUCAACGUGGUGAAGCAGGCCCCGCAUGGCUGUGUCUUUGUGAUCGGGAACAUGGGCAACUGCAAGCUGACGCAGUGUCAGUGGGAGAAGUUGAUGGCCACCAUGAAGAAGAAGCAGAUAUUCCCAUUUUUUGACAUUCCCAGUCAAGGUUUAUUCACCGGUGACGUGGAAGAAGAUACUAGAUUCUUACAAUACUUUGUGUCUGGAGGCUUGGAGUUCUUCUGCAGCCAGUCGCUGUCCAAGAAUUUUGGCAUUUAUGGUAUGGGUACCCUGCUCUUCUUCGAGGCUGGAGGCAGAGUGACAGGGAAAGCCCUGGUAGGGGUGGAAGACACUGAGAACGAGGCUGUCUCUCCCAAUGCUGCAGAUGAAGGAGUGGGGCUCCUAGUCGUGGUGGCGCUCAACAACCAGCUCCUGCUGUGCGUCCUCUCCCAGCUGGUGAAAUUAGCUCUGGCCCUGUGGCUAAACCCUCCUACUUGCGGUGCCCGCAUUAUCACCUCCAUCCUCUGUAACUCUGCUCUGCAGGAAGCCUGGAAGCAGAGUCUGAAAGAGAUUGUAGAGGACAUCAUGCUGAUUAAGGAAAAGGUUAAGGAGAAGCUCCGGCUCCUAGGAACCCCUGGCUCCUGGGAUCACAUCACCAACCAGAGUGGGACCCAUUGCUACCUUGGACUCAACUUGCCACAGGUGGAAUACAUGGUCAAGAAGAAACAUGUCUACAUCCCCAAGAACAGUCGGAUUAACUUCACCUGCAUCAACGCUUGCAACAUAGAUUACAUCACUGAGAGCAUCAAUGAGGCCAUCCUCUUCACUAAGGACUCGAAACUAUCUUCAGAAAGAAAAUGA